GUUGUAGGGAGUGUUAGUGAUUAUUGUAGGGAUCCCAAUUCCCAAAUGAUAGGGUAAUUUGGAGAAUCCUACAAACUUAUAUAAUCAUCAAAUAAAAAAAAAAAAGAAGGGUUGUGGUAUUUGAUACGAAUUGUGAAUCCCCAAAGCUUUGUAAUAAUAAAGCUUCAUUUCUUUGUGUGAUCUGAGAGUGGUGUUUGUGUUCAAGAAAAUUUCAAAUUCCUCUGUUCAAACUCUGUUUUGUGUAGGUUCUAUGAACUUUGUUGUUCAAUCUAUUAAAGUUUUCAAAAUUUGUUUUGCCAACUUUUGUAGGUGGGAUACACACAUAUUCAAGGUAAGAUUUGAAUUUUAUUUUAAUAAUUCAAUGAUGAUGCAUGCUGCUUUCGUAAAGUAAUAAAAGUUGGUGUAUUUAUAUUGACAUCGGACUAUGCUCCCUAUCUAGUAAAGUAGUAAGUUCCAAUUUAAUGAAUGAAACUAUGACGAUGCAUAUUCUUUUAACUGAAAAUACAAACAAGUGUACCUCUUGGAAUGUCUUAGUCCGCCACAUUUGCUGACACGGCCUGCCACGUGGACAAACUCCCCCUUCUAACUGAAAAAGAAAAGGUGCCGCCGCGUUCUCCCUCUCCUCUGUUUUAAACCGUUUUAUCAAUCCCCGGUGUUCUGAAUAUCCUCUCGACGGCGACCAUGGCGGCACCAGCAUCAAAGCCAGUGAUGGUAAUUGGAGUCGACGACAGCGAAUGUGCAAUCGCCGCCCUCGAAUGGACGUUGGACCGAUUCUUCUCUCAAACGAUAGGAUUACAUCCGUUCAAGCUCGUCGUCGUUCACGUCAAACCAUCUCCGGACGUCUUCGUCGGCUUCUCUGGAUCGGGAAGCAUUGCAGGAUCAAUUGAAACUUACCAAGCUUUCGACGGUGAUUUGAAGAGAAAAGCUGAGAGAACUAUAAAAAAUGCCAGAGAAAUUUGCGCUUCGAAAUCGGUUUGUGAUGUUGAAUUUGAGGUUGAAGAAGGAGAUGCUAGGUAUGUACUAUGCGAGGCGGCGAUUAAGCACCGGGCUUCAGUGCUCGUGGUAGGAAGCCGUGACCAUGGAGCUAUCAAAAGCAGGGCGUUGUUAGGGAGUGUGAGUGACCAUUGCGCCCAUCAGGCUCCUUGCACCGUCAUGAUUGUCAAGAUCAACCAUCCUACAAUCACAAAGGCCCUAAAAUAGAUCAAUUUCUAUCUUCCUUCAAACUUAUAUGUAUAUCGUCUUUCUAAAUUAUAUAUGUUUCUACCUUCAACCUGAGCGAAUUAUAUCAUGAAAAAUCGGAUCUGGUUGGCAAUGCGAAUGCGAAUUUUAUUAUGCUA